AUGCACCAUGUAAUCGCGUUCUGCCCGAGAAUGAAGGAAUCUCGGCACCAAUGGCUCGUCUGCGAGAACCUCUCACAUCCAACGUGUAACCACGAGUUCCCAUCGGUGCGAUCCGAAGUGAUCACAAGGCUCAAAGACUCAAUGUAUCUAUUGCAAUCCCUGGGAGCUCAGCGAGAAAUAGCAGAGCAGCAGAGGAUGAUUCUGCUAGAUGUCGUGUCGGCUUUUCAAGAAAUCACACAACACGUGCUGGCCACCAAUGGUGGAGCCAAUGACAUGUUUGAUGAAGACAAGGAUCUACGACUGGCAACACUGGUUUCACUGAGAAACGAUGUGUUUUCACAUAAUUUUGCGUAUUGCGGUCACGCAUACACUUUCGGUCGAAACUGGACGAGACAGACGGCAGCGUCGAUGAUAGUGAAGAAAGGCACCAUUGCAACCGAUACCGAAGCCCCAAACACCAUGCAGAGCCGAAAAGCUGAGAUCCAACUCAGAAUACAUCGGUAG